CACAACAAAACGGAGCGGCAGGAGGCUGUCGCUGUCUGUCUACAAAACACAGGAGACAACGAAGCAAGGGGAGACGACGGCUACCGGUUCUGCGGAAGUUUUCUUUUUUAAAAACACAAGACACCGCGAAGAGAGGGGAAAGAAAUCAUUUCCACAUAAACACAAAAGAAAGAAUAACCGUUACCCGCCCUAGCUUAAGGGCACCGGAGGGGAAGGGUAUAAAGCCCUUGCCUCCAGCCGCUUCCAGAUUUUUCUUUUUUUAAAGACGUGUGUGAGGCGAAAUACUGAUUCCUCCCUUUUUCUUACUUUUAACCCCUUUUCCUCCUUUUAAAACCCCCCUUCCCAUCUUACCCAUCGCCAUCUCCUGGCUUCGUAAUAAGCCGUCAGUUCGCGACCCUCCCACCUAUUGGUGGGGUUCGGGCUGAUACCCAGUUUAGCGAUAACGUUUUUUUUCAUUCUUCGUAGGAUUUCCUUUUAUCUUUUCCCCACCACACCCCGCACUUGGUUGAUUUUUUUUUUCGGACGAUCGGUGGAGCACACACACCGACCACCACCUUCUCUCCCGCCCCCCCCGGGCGGAGAAGCGGCGCCCGCCUCUACCACCAUCCGCCCCUCUCCCCUCCUUCCCCAAAAGACACGCUUGUCUCAAGGCUGGCUCCGCACUUCCAUCCGUCACCACUUCCCGUAGUGUCGAUCCUUUCUCCCUUUUACGCACUCGUUGGGCUGCCCGUUUGUUCGGUGCGUGAAUCAUGUCCGCCCGGGUCUGGUUUCUGACAGAUCGCCGGAUCCUGCAGGAUUACCCACAGCAGGAGAUCGAGCGCGCCCUCCGACAAAAAUGCGCCGAAGAGGAGGUGGAAUUUCGCAUGGUCUUAAUGGAUGAGAUCGUCAUCACCAUCGAGCAGGGAGCCUUGGGACUACGUAUCAAACAGGAGCCAGUAACCAGUUACCCUCAAGUAGUGGUUGUUCGAGUUCCUACUCCUUCAGUCCAGAAUGACAGUGACAUCACUGUCUUGCGGCACUUGGAAAAGAUGGGCUGUCGCCUGGCCAAUCGUCCUCAGGCCAUAUUGCACUGUGUUAACAAGUUCUGGACUUUCCAGGAGUUAGCUGGCCAUGGAAUACCACUGCCUGACACCUUCUCUUAUGGUGGUCAUGAAAACUUUGCAAAAAUGAUCGAUAAUGCUGAGCCUUUGGGUUAUCCAGUGGUAGUUAAAAAUACACGAGGUCAUCGAGGGAAGGCAGUGUUCCUGGCACGGGACAAGCAUCAUUUGUCUGACUUAUCUCAUCUGAUACGACAUGAUGCUCCAUACCUUUUCCAGAAAUACGUAAAGGAAUCUCACGGGAAGGAUAUCCGUGUGGUGCUGGUGGGAGGCCGUGUGAUUGGUGCAAUGCUGCGCUGCUCCACUGAUGGUAGAAUGCAAAGUAACUGCUCACUAGGAGGUGUUGGCGUGAUGUAUCAGCUGAGUGAGCAGGGCAAACAGCUGGCAAUCCAGGUCUCCAAUAUUCUGGGCAUGGACGUAUGCGGUAUCGAUCUGCUCAGGAAAGAUGACGGUUCUUUUGUAGUGUGUGAAGCAAAUGCAAAUGUAGGUUUCAGGGCCUUUGAUAAAGCUUGCAAUCUGGAUGUAAGUGGUAUAAUAGCGGACUACGCCCUAUCAUUGCUGCCAAGCAGACUGACCAGAAAGAUGUCGCUUCUUUCUGUUGUUUCAAGUGCCAGUGAAACAAGUGAGCCAGAGGUGGGGGCCUCAGUCAGUGCCAUCCCUGAGAGUGUGUUCACCAUGAGCAUGGGUUCAAGCUCUAGUGAGAGUGAUCCUGAAAUAGUGGAGGUCAGAGAUUCUGACACUGCUGGUUCCAGGUCCAUGCAUACUGUACUGCCUGAGUCAGGCUACAACAUGAACAAUCUCAUAAACAGUGAAAUGAAACUAUUGAGUGAGUGAGGCUGAGGAGCCAUUGCUAAUCGGUAAAUCAAACAGGACAGCUUUCCCAGCUGAACUGUUGUUAAACAGUAAAAGAAUUGAUGGACAGAAUACUUAAUGGUUAACAUGAGAGUAAAUUAUAUCAAAUCUGGGUAUGUUGAAUAACCCCGAAUGAUAUUAUAGCCAUUAACUCACUCCUGGGCAAUGGGUUAUGUAGCCUCAGUAUCACUGGGGCCAGAGUGGAGGUUGCAGUUGAUAAAUUUAUUCCAAUAACUCAAUUAUAUGGUUUCCGUUGCUUAGUUAAAAGGUAUUGCCUUGGCAAUAAAAAAAAUAGUAAUUGUCAGAAAGACAAGGACUGUUUAAUGUUACAGAGAACAUCUUUCAUCAGUUCAUGUUAGGAAAUGCAUGGCCUCUGCUUGACAUCUUCCAUCCGUACCAUGGUUGAGGUUGAGUUCUGCAUUUGAAAUCAAAAUCUUGCCUCUCUGCAAUGAACUGCACCUUCACUGUAUUUUCCACUUAUCCAGAAUAACAGUUUCAUAUCUUCCUUGUUUAUUAUUUGCUACAACAGCAAUGUUGCUGGUGAAAACAGUUUGAAUUGACAUGCAAAACACACUUUAUUAUUCUGGAGCAUAUAACAACUCAAACUGUGAUUCUUUAGCUGGUCCUAGACCAAAGGCAUAAAUAUGAAGAAAGAGAGAACAUCAGUUUAAACUAAAAUGUCAGCACAUAUUAUUUCAAUUCUUAUCUCUUCCUUUUCCUCCCAAAAUAACUUUUGAACAGUGAUAUUAAAAUGUUGGUUAGAAAUAAAUGAACUUCUGCACAAAGUAAUUUGAGAGAAUAUAUAAUUGUUAAAUAUAAAAGAAUUUGAUGUUAAGUCAUUUUCUAUUUUAGUUGUUUUUUUGGAAUUUGACACUUGAGUCUGCCUGUCAGGUAGGUUAAUAGGUAAAGUGUGCACGUUGGGUGUGUAUGAUCAUAAACUGUGGUAAACUGAUUGCUUACAAGUAGUUUCUUUGCUCAACUUCAAGUAAUUGGUGAAUUGGAUGUUCUUCUCAGUUUGAGACUUGGUUAUAACAUUGACAAAAUCUACAUAUUGUUGACUGAAUUGAUAAAAUGCAGUUUUACUCAGAUUGAGAUUGCAAAGAAACAAUCCUGGACUUCACAUAAUUAUUGGGGAAAUAAAUAAGACAUGUCCUAGCUCAUCGAUACAGAAAUCCUCUUGGCUUGAGUUGCCAUGCUAAUGUUUAUAAUAAAUGGUUUGUAUUGUUGCCACUAUUUAUUGCCCCUCUGCCCCCAUUUUCACUUUACUGUUCUAAUUAUACCUAUCAGCAAGUCAGUGGCAACUUAACCUGAUACUAUGCUAUAGUAGUUGAAGAGAACCAAAGGCCAAAGUCUGUUGAAGCUUGUCUCCUAGAAUAUUAGCACACAAAGCUGAGCAUCAUGCUAGAUCUGAAAGGUAUGAAAUGUACUUGGCUAAUGGCUGUUUUGUAAUCAUCUAUGGUUACGCAGAAACUUUGGAUCUGGUGUAUCAAGUGAAAUGUGCAAAGUUAAAAUCCACCGGAUUAACAAUAAAUAAGAGAGAAUUUUAAAACUUAUCAUUAUAUAUUCAGGACAGCAAGUAUUGAUAUUUAUACACUGAGUAUUGCUAAACAGGUGAAAUCUGUAAAGUGUGUAAUGUCUGAGGAUUGAUUUGUCCUCCUUUUGACUUUGUAGAAGCUAGCUACAGCCUCAGUCUGCUGAGACUUCCAGAAAAAGUAGUGUCUGUAUUUACACAUUGCACCUCCCAGAAUAAAGGGCACGUAUCACAUUUUUUUUUCUUUUUAAAGAUUUCAAUAUAGUUUCUGAUUUUUAUUUUUAUAAUUGUUGGCAAGUUUGUGUCACCUUACUGAAAGUAUUAACUUCAGAGGUUAAUAUAUGGGUCAGCAAGCACAAAGCUCACGAGCACCUUAAUUAGUCCAGCAUAUGCAGUGUUUGAAAUAAUUUUAAAUGGGAUAGAUCAGUUUCAGUAAUUAGGCUUUCUUAAUCAUAAUGUUUUGAGUAUGGGAACAUUAAACAAAAAAAACCAGGUUUGUUAACUUACACCAGAAUCCUUGCUGUCCCAUUUCAUUAGAUGAAAAUCCAGGUAAAACAGCUGUUAAGUGGUAGCUAUUGCUGUACAAUGAAUAGUACAAACCAAAUAUGGAUUAAACCAUUAAUGCGAGAUAGUGGGAACUGCCAAUGCUGGAGAAUCAAUCUAAACAUUAACAUGCCCGCUUUCUAAAACAAAACUGUCACUAUUUACAGGAUUGGGACUACACGUUACAUUAAGACAACUGAAAUCCUAAGCAGAUUUGUCUACAGAAUCUACAGUUAAAUGCUACUCAAUGUGGUUGAGAUUCCUACAGAAAUUGACUUGAAAUACUGCAGAAUUUUAGAUAAAUUCGAUGAACGAGUUUCUAUAAGCUGCUUACGUAGCUCAGUGAGGCCGGUCAUAUUCUGCAAAUAAUGUGACUGUUGUUAAUGUAAAGGCAAUCAGGCUGUGGCUGGCACUCUUUUGAACCAGGACUAUACAGGGUAGCUGUCAACACAGCCUGUUGAUGCAUGCAUACUUAAAACAGCAAAAGAACAUUGUAUGUAAUCUGCUUGUAGUAUAUUUUACAGUGAGCUUUUACUUAUCUGUGCUUGCACGACAUUCUGAUUAAAUGUAAGUAAUUCCUUCUGGAAAGUCUCCAGCUAUCCAACAUGAUCCUUCUCAACCCUUUUAACAUCAAUGAGCAUAAUAAGAUCUAACUUUUUAAAUAGCUUGCGAACCAUUUCCUAUAGACCUUUCUGCAGUUUUUCAAGAGCAAGGUUACUGUGGAAACUCAACAUCAGAAAUUCAGAACCCUACAUACUUUGUUGAAACGUUCCACACAAUACUCUGUUUGAAUAGAUUGACUCAAAGCCAGCUGCAGCUGGAACAGAGUCAAUGACCUGAAAAUCCCUGACAAUAUUUCCACACAGCACAGAAUCCAAGAAUGAGGCAAAAACAUAGUGCAUCAUGCAUCAUUUAAACUGUUUAUUAAAUUUCUUGAAGCAGAUUCAUGAUUUUUGUUUUAUGUACAAUUAACUGAUUAUCUGAAUGUUUGAAUGUACCUCAGUGAAAAUACUGAACCAUGCAAACCCAGCCAGCUCCCUUGUGGGGAUGCUACUACUGGGUUACUGUGCCUGGACUGGUAGAGUGGCAAAAGGAGUGAUGUUAAUGAACACAUUUAUAAACAAUCACAAAGAAUUUGGCUUAUUUUAAUCAAAUAAUGCAUUGUUUGCUUCUCAUGCAUGCACAUUAAAAUGGAGAGGCCAUUUUGAGUGGAACAGUCACUUAUUAGUAGACUUGGUUCUCUUUGGGGUUAAGAUGAGAGUGAAAAAUCGAACAUAAAGCUACCUAGGCUGAAGUAGUUGUGCAAUUUCUAUAAUUGAACAUUCAAAUAAAAUCUAUAAUUUGUAUCUACGUAUGCAUAUAAAAUUAACAGGAAAAGCAGUGCACUUUUACACUCUUUCUUACUCACACAACCAGUCCUCCCAACCCCAGCCACCAAUAGCAAAAGGCUACUCUCGACAUCCUUUCUAAAGGAACUCCCAGGUUACCUUGUAAAUUGAAUGUAGUAAAAAUAUUAUUGAAUGGCUACAGCAUUUCUUGAUUUGAAAUAGGGCGUAGUUAACUCUCUUAGCCAUUUUGAGAGAAGAACAAUGGGUUGUAAAGCCGAUUAAUAUCUUCAAAGACAUUUCCAGUAGCUAACCUGGGAAGAGCUAUGCUUUGAAUGAUAUGGGCUUGUAUGUUUUUGUGUCCUGCAUUAAGUAAGUUGAUUAUAUGGGUGGGGAAGUUGUUGGUAUUGAAAGUCAGGAGGUGGCUGAUGAUUUUGUGUCCAUUGUUUAGAUAAGUUGACUAAAUGCUGAGGUUGAGGGUCAAGAGUGGCGGAUCCAACAUUGGUAUGCACAUUCAGUUGAGAGAUUCAGAACUGUUUGAAAUUUUUUUUUUCUGUUGAUUUAGUUUGCAAUUUAACUUAACAGCAUGCAAAAGAGUGGAAACCUUUGUUUGAAUAAAGAUGCUGUAUAAUUGCAUGAAGAAUAUUUAACUCACCUGAUUAUUGUGAUGGCAUGAGGAAAGGGAGCUCCAGUAGUUUGAAGCAUAAAAAUAUUUUUAAAAAGUAAAGGAAACAUUUUAUGUAUUGCUAGUGCAUACUCCCUCAUAUGUUUCAGUAAAUUUAAAAAUGAGCUGAUUUUGUGUUUUUAUAACUGAGUAAAACAAAUGGCUGGUGUUUGUAAUGAUUGAUCAUAGGAUAUAUCCUGAUCACAAUAAGUGAUGCUGAUUGGGUAAGUUAAUAGAUAACUUUGUUCUACAGCCAGCUGUUGGGAUACAGUAAGCAAAUAAAUUUUAAUAUAGUUUGUACUUUUUAGAAUUAACCUAAAAUUGUAAAGAGGGGCAAAGGAGGAAAAAAGGCAACUUUCUAAACAAAAGCUUUGAUUUUCAAGCCAUGCAUAUGAGAACCCUCCUCACAGAUGUGAAUUCCUUCAGACCUAGAUCUCUGAUUGAAUUAAGAUUUCUGAGCUGAGUGAUCAGUGAAGCAGAUGUUUCUGCCAAGCUCUUUGACAGAUAAGUGAUGAUACUGUGUACGAAAUGUGUUCUCAUGUAAAAUGCUGAAUGUUAGCUAAUGGGCUGGCAGGGUUAGUCAAUUAUAUUAGGUCAAAACAAUUGAAUUGAUUUAAUUAAUGUGUGUUGAUAGAAAAAUUUGGUUUCUUUCUUUUUUUUAAAUUGUGACUGCCCCCUACUGAUGAUUCUAGAACAUUUUGUAUGGGAGGUGACGGAAGAGAUUUGACUCUAUUAAUCCAGUUUCUUUGUGUUCCACCUGUCCUUUAGAGCUGUGGGCUGAACAGAAAUAUUAUUGCAGAGUGUUUACAUUUGCCUUAGUCUUACCAAUAAAUAUUCAUUUUACCUCAUGGAUAUUCUUCUUUCCAUGGUACUUAAAACUGUGGGAUGAAUUUAUAAGCCCAACUUUAGCAUAACAACAAAGUACUGCACUGGAAACUUUUGAAGUAUAAGCCCUAGAACUGAGAUUUGAAACACAAUUGUAGAUCUUUUACUGCAGCAUUAACAUGACAGAUUUGAAAGCAGUUCAUUGUACAGAGUGUGAAACAGAGGCAGCCUUACCAAUCCUGACAUUCCAUUGUGUUUACAGAUAUAAUGAGUGAGGGCAGGAGAGGCAACUCUGUCCCAUUCUCCAGGCAUGAGUAGAAUAUUAUACAUAUGUAGUUAGGAAUUAAAUUUAACUUGUAUUUAAGAGAAAAAAAAUAUUUGAACAUCCAAAAACUGUUGAGUUCAUGCUUUUACUGCUUAUUUCAUAAAUGCUCAAUGUUCUUUAAACGUUUGGGGAGGGGUGGGAGGGAGAGGUCUGAAAAUGUACAUUUUUUUAAAAAGCUGUGAGUGUUCCAAUGCACUGAACUGUACAGCUGUGAAGUUUGAAUUUACUGGCAGUUUCUCUGUAGAACAUUGUGUUUGGAGCAAGAUUGGUUUUUGUGUGAUUGUGAGCAUGUAAGAUUGGGUGCCUUGUUCAAAUGUAAUUGACACAAUAGUCAAGGACAUCAGUGAAUUUGUGUAAAAGGCAGUUGUGCAACCAAGUAUCUUUGACAACAUAUACUGGGGACACAGCUGAACUGGUUUGAAUUACCAAAGCCUUCAGAGAAAUGAUGUGGGAUAUGCACUAUUCUUGUUUUAAAUAAUCAUAUAGUAGGUAAAACAACUUUUAAGUGCAGAUUUUUCCAUUACAGAUAGUGUGUAUGGUAUGGAAAUCAAUUUUUAAUGGUUGUUUCCUUAAGGUAAACUAAAAGGUGACUCAUUUCAACCAGUGGUUUGUAUUCAGUGUAUGUAUCAUUGGUCAUAUAUUAUGCUUGCACAUAUUGCAUGGUGGACUCUGACUAAGAUCUGGCCCUACAGAUAUAUACAAUUGGUCGGCUAUCUUCAGCAUCAAGGUAUUGACAGUUGUAAAAAUGUUGACUGUGACACUUAAAACAUUACAGAAAAAUAUUGGAGAAUGCUUUGCUUUGUGUUUAAAAUAAUCCAUUAGACCCUUGGGCUGCAGUUCUGGAUGGCAUGGAAAUUGGUAGUGAUCAGCACUAGAAGUACCUUUAUAUAUUAGCUGAAAAUUUUUAUAGAUCUGAAUUUAUCUCUUGUUUUUGUGAUCUUGUCCAAAUGGCAGCUAGAAUUUGCAAGUUUAUAAACUAUUGUAAACUUUUCUUGUAUUUUUGACACACAGGAUAUUUUAUAAACUUUAUUAUAAAUUUUUUAAAAAUCAUUUUUACUAUCAGUUAUUAAGUACUUAUCUGUCGGGCAGUCAUUUGGAUUUUCGAGAAGUCUGAAGCAAGGAAUUUUCCACACGUAAAGCCAGUGCCUCUUGAUAUGCUGCCUGCACAACCCGGUUGUGCUGCUGUUGACAGCUGUGUGACUGUAGCCCAAAGGUAUAAUAAAGCAAGUAGUAACUUAUUUUCUGAUGAUAAUACUUCAGGUUUGCUUCCUGUUCACACAGAGGCCAUUCUGUGUCCAGAAAUUUGCAUCAGCGUUUUAGUUUUAUCCUCAGGAAACAAACUGCAGUUAUUCCUCUCCUCACAGAAAACUUAGUGCAUUUGUAGGUUACUACUUGCAUUAUAUGUUAUGCAUUAUCUUUGUGUGUGUAUGUAUUUGGGGAGAUGGAAAGAGAGAGCCUGCAUGUCUUUCAUGAGUGUACAGAUAUCAAGAGUGUGGUUAACUGGUAAGUGGAUUGACCCAUGAUGUUUGAAAAUUUGAAGGACUAAUAAGAUUGAGAAUGCUUGGUAGGGGUUUCGUGAUCUUUAGAAUGGUAAGCUGAACUCCUUAAUAUCUAACUUGUUUCCAAGUGCAUGUGGAGUUUUAAACCAACAUUCAGAAUUUCAGUAGAUAAGUGGUUAUGACUUGAGCUGCACUAAGGACUGAAGAAUUCUAGGUACAAAGACAUCUGUGAUCUCAUGUUUCAAGAAAUGUAUAAUUUUAAAUAGACUCAAAUCAUUUUUAAAGAUUUGGUUCAAGGGGAAAGAAAUUUCAAACCAUGCAGGAUAAAGCAACAGCUGAGAAUACCUCCAUUUAGGAGGCUUUGCUCCAUUACCAAAUAAAUAUUUGUAUUGGUUUGUGGAGACUACAGAAUUUUAACAGAAUGAUGUAUCCAUCAGUUGUUUUUCCUGCGCUGUUCUUCAUUUCAACCUCUGUGGCACAGCCAGACCAGUGCUGAAUAUGUGAAGAGAAAGAGCCACGUCGGUAAUACAAACUGUGAAAUAUUAUGUUUUUUAAACAUCAAUAAACACUCUAGAUGCUAAGUUGUAGAUUGGGUUUGAUGGCAGCCUUUUCAAAACAAAAAGUCAGCCCUAGGCUGUUUGCAGUUCUGACUUUGGAGUUUAUAGAAUGUUUAUUGAUGUUGCAGUUUGAAAUUGAAACUCCUACCAAGUGGUGCAAACUGACCAAGUGCAGGUGUAGCUGACCAAUUACUGGUACUUGAAUAAGCCAGUUGGAAAGCCAAGGAUAUGGUGUUAGUCACAUUGAUCAUGGUGAAUACUGUACAUACUUGCGUUUUAUUUUUUAGAAUGUAAUAA